AUGUGUGAACCUUCCAACUAAAUUUUCUUAAUGUUGAUUUGAUAAUUAUUUGAUUGAACCAGAGAACUCAACAUUUUUUUCUUCUUUAUCCUGUUUCCAAACUUAUCUUCAACAUCCUCCAAGCCCUCCUGUUAUGGAUAAACCGCCUCAUAUUGUUAUGUUUCCAUGGCUAGCUCACGGCCAUAUUUCCCCCUACCUGGAACUCUCCACAAAGCUUGCAGACAAUGGAAUUCACAUCUCUUUCGUUUCAACUCAACACAAUAUUGCCAAGCUCAAGCCAUUAUUUUCAGACCAAAACAGUCCUCCAGGCAAAGGGAAGAUAAACCUCAUAGAUUUACCCUUACCAACUGUGGAAGGUCUAGUGCCUGGGAUUGAGAACACCACAGACCUACCCACAGAUCAGAUGGGCCUCCUGAUAAAAGCAACAGACAACAUGCAAGAGCCAUUUCAAACCCUAAUCCAAAAGCUCUCCCCAGAUUUUAUAAUCUAUGAUGUAUUGCAAUCAUGGGCUGCCAGAGCAGCUGCUAUGCUGGGCAUACCUGCUAUUUAUUUCAUCACUUAUGGCGCUGCAUAUUAUGCUUAUGAUUACAGUCCAUCAAGAGGCCAAACACAUGAAAUCACACCUGAGGAUUUGGCCAGGCCACCGCCAGAUUACCCAUCAUCUGCAAUUUCAUGGCGUCUACCUGAAGCAAGAGCCAGAUUGGGGCUCUAUAACUAUAAGAUUGGAGACAUAACAAUGAGGGAUCGCAUCAUGGAUUGCUACAAGGGAUGCUCUGCUAUAGCCAUUAAAUCCUGUGAGGAGUUAGAGGCAAAAUAUAUACAGUAUUUGCAGAAAACCACAGGUAAAACAGUUCUACCAGUGGGUCCUCUGCUGGGUAAUAGCCUUCAGCGCCCAUUCUUUGGGAAAAAUGUUCCAGAUAUGGAUGAUUCUUCUAUUUGCUUGAGAUGGUUGGAUAGGCAAGAAGCUUCCUCUGUUGUUUAUGUGUCAUUUGGUAGUGAAUAUUUUCUCUCCAGAGAGCAGAUUGAGGAGCUAACUCUGGGUUUAGAGGCCAGCCAGCAGCCAUUCAUUUGUGUUCUUCGCUUUCCUUGCAAUUCUGAUAAGGAUUUUCAUGAAAACCAACAGAGUCGCUUAUCGGCCUUAUUGCCCGAUGGAUUCGGGGCUCGGAUUGGGAACAGGGGAAUUGUUAUGGGGGGCUGGGCUCCGCAGAGAGAGAUUCUAGCCCAUCCUUCCACUGGAAGCUUUGUGACCCACUGUGGGUGGAGCUCGAUUCUGGAAGGAAUGAGCAAUGGAUUGCCUCUGAUUGCCCUGCCUAUGCAAUUGGAUCAGGCCCUUAAUGCUCGACUUAUUGUUAAGGAAUUCAAGGUUGGGGUUGAAGUUGAGAAAGGAAAGGAUGACAGAGGCCUGAGCAGGGAGGAGAUUUGUAAAACUGUGAGGAAUGUAAUGGUGGACGGAGGAAUUGGUGGGCAAGUACGGUCUAAGGCUCGGGAAAUGGCAGAUUUGUUCAGGAGUAGAAUAGUGAACGAUGGAUCUCAGAACAGAUGCAUACAACAAUUCAUCAGAUUUUUAUCUGAGGUAAAACCAAUUUAGGGCUUCUUGGAGAUAUUUAUUUUUACAGGGUAAUGCGUAUGGGUAUUAAGGGAAUAAUUUAGUUUCGUAUUGGUAGAGACUUUGUGUUCUUGAAAUUUCAAAAGGGUAAAGUAUGUUUUGAUUGUAGCAUAGUUAGGUGCCUUCCACACAUAGUAUAGGUAGUCUCAUAUUGCUAUAAUUUAUUUGUAGAUCCAUAUUCAGACUGCGGGAUAUCGUGUGGAUUAUAGAAGAAUCUUUCUUCUUUUCUUUUCUUUCUUAAGAAAGAAUAAUAUAGACAUUUCAAGUUGUAAUCUUGAGAUUUUAUGUCAUUAUGUUAUAAAUAGACAAAAUCUAUAUAUUUGUGUUCUGUUUUUA